GGGUAUACACCAUGACUCUUACAGUGGAAAACCCACUGCAGAAGGAAACCUGGAAUAGCACACUGAUAAUCCAAGACCCUAUUGGGAACAUUUCCAUAGUGGCUCUUAAUGAAGUGAGUUACGCUGGAUAUGUGAAGUACUUUGAAAUACACAUCGAUAAGCUGGGAACAGACCCUUGCUUUUCUGUGGACAUGGAAGAACUUUUCCCAGUCUGGAUCUAUGGUUCACCAGCUUGUAUGGACAGUGGUGAUAGCUACAUUGGAAAUGCUAGCAAGUUGCUGCAAGUGAAUCACACCUACUGGAUGUAUGGUGAUCACAUGGUCAGUGUAAGGGCCUGGAACCUGGUAUCUGAUGUCCAGUCAUCUCUCACCUUUCCAGUCCUGCCUGACAUCUGCAAUAAUCCCAAUAUACAAAUCAGAGAUGGUUCAACUGACAGAGAGAAUCCAAGGUCUUUUGUGAGGAACAAGGCUAUAGUGAUCACCGCAGACAUUGAGAUCAAGUGUGUUGCCACUUCACAAAAUUCUAAGAACUGGUCUGCAAUUCAGGAAAAUACUUCAACAGGGCAAGUCAUCCAGGUUGUAGACCUGUCUAGAUUGCCAUCCUCUCGCACAGCUGAGCUUCUCAUCCCAGCAAACUACCUGAACCCAGACUUACACAGGGUGUCGUUGUGUGUAGAGUUGAAUCCUGAACUGACCAACAGGAUCUACAGCACCUGUGUCUUCACCUACAUCGUGGUCACUGCUGCUCCUCUACAAGCCUUACUCUUCCCAGGAGGAACCUCUCAAAUUGUGUUAGGGGCCGACCAGUCCCUGAACCUGAACCCAAACAUGCUCUCACUGGAUCUGGAUGAUUCUGGUUCCUCCCAGAACUUCACUACAUUUACCUGGUUCUGCAAGCCGUUAACAGCAAUACUGCAAUCUCGCUUUCCUCCAGUUGCCAUUAUCAACCUGCUGAAGAACUUUGUGCUUAAACUGGACAGAGGAAUGCAAGUGAACUUGUCUGCCAUCUUACCCCAACAAAGUGGAUUGUUUGUACCAACUUUAUCAGACCCAUCUGACUUUGUCGGAAGUGGAUGCUUCAACUCCAAUGCCAUUGAACAAGGGAAUGUCAGUAUGGCUAGUUUAGAGCAGGGGAGUCUCAGUGUUGACGGAUCCAUGCUUGUGAAGGAUGUACCCCUGGUGUUUGCUGUAGUGACUUGGAAGGCUUCAAGAUUUCAUUUUGCCAAGCUACUGGUCAUUGUGAAGGACCAUGCAGGCCCAGUGCUCAGCAUCAGUUGUGUCCAGAAGUCUCAGUGUACACAGCAACCUUCUGGGCAGAAAAUCAACCCUUCAACAAGACUGGUCAUCCAGGCAAGCUGUGAGAUGGGCUGUGGACAGGUGAUACGAUACAGGUGGACAUUGAAACAGGAGGAGUCACCAGGGUUGUAUACGGAAAUCUCACACAUCCCAAGGGUUAUAUAUGCUGCCAGGAGAGGCAGAUAUUUUGUUGUGGAGCCAUUAGCACUGAAAACAGCACUGGAGUCCAACCGGACCAACGCUACGUACGUCAUUGAGCUGGAGGGAUGGAAUGUACAAAGGCCUCAGCUCAAAGGGCAGAGCACCAUGUUCUUUCAGAUCAACACGCCCCCCACCCCAGGUACCUGUGAAGUGUCCCCACUUGUGGGUAUGACACUCCAGGACACGUUUACACUCAACUGCACAGGCUGGUAUGACGAGGAUGGGAUAGAUAGAUACCAGAUCUAUGGUGAGUCUAUACCAUCAGAUAUUUCAGCACCAAGGACAGUGCGAGAGAAUUCCUCAGUGUUGCCAAGUGAGUUGAAUAAUCAGCUCAACGUAGGGGCAACAAAGACAGGACAGAAGGAGCUGAAUCUCCCAGCUGGGAACGCUGCCUCUCAGUACAAAUGGCAGCUGUAUGUCACAGUACAAGACACACUGGGGGCUUACAUCAACUGGGUAGUCGGUAACAUACAGGUUUUCCCACUGGCUAGCAAAAAUGAAGAAGUUCUGAGGAGAUCGCUUCGCUCAGUUGAGUAUCUGGGAGAUACAGGGAACAUUGAAGAAUGGGCGGGGCUGGCACUGGCCUCGUCAUCUGCUCUGUCAGUAGCAUCAAUGACAGAGGAAAAGAAAGCAGAGCAACGUAAAACUUUGAUCAAGUCCAUGACAUCACUGCCUAUGACAUCUAUUGGUCACCUGCAGAAGUUGACCAGUGUGAUCAGCUCUGCAACUGCAGUUCCACAAGAGGUCACUAGGGAUUCCCAGGACAUAGUGAUAUCAGAAAUGACGUCCAUGACAGACUUUCUGAGUGAGACAGUGUCAGAAACAGACCAGGAACUUGUGGAAGAUGUUAGCAGACACCUCCUGGAAAGCUGUGGAAAUACUCUUCAGGCCUCAUCACUGACUCUUGACUCAUCACAGCGGGCAGAGAGUGGAAAUUCUACAGAAGUAGACGACGAAGGCAAUUCAACUGAAACAACCAACAUGGCUGUACUGGGGCUUCUCAACAAGGUCAUGUCAACAGUCACCACCAAUGUCAUACCAGGAAUACAAGUGCCCAGACUUGUGUCCAGCACACUGGUGGUCAGUAUAGAAAGGAACUUGGCAGACGAAGUUGAUAAGAGUGCUGAGAUAGAUGGGUCACAGUUUGCUCUACCGGACACGGGUCUAUUCAAUGACAUUGGGAAUGAGUCAGUAGUGGACACUAGGGCUGUGACCUUCAAGACCAAUCCGUACUCCUUUAGGGACAUUGAAGGUGAGAGACAGCUGAGGUCUGAUGUCUUCAUGUUGGAGCACGUUGUUGGAGACAGCAAGUUGAAUGUUUCUGGGCUUCAGGAACCCAUUUCCAUAGUCAUGCAGAAAAACCUGGAUGGCCUGAAUACAGAGUAUGUAUAUCCAAGACCUACAGGACCAGUGAUGCUCCAUAAGUACAACAUCAGUGGUACAGCACAACCUGCCCUACAUGUGGACAUAGCACCCGAUGUGUCUGGCACCACAUAUACAGUCUACGUUUCCUUCGACCAUGAGCCCAACAUCACAAAUCCCUAUCUGGUCUACAAUAUUGAGGAUAUGGGCGAGGACAAUGGAUUCUAUCGACUCUUCGUUGACCCUGACCUUAUUCCUGAAGACAACAACGGCACAGUCUAUGUCGGUAUCCAGGAGGAGGGAGUCGCCACAGUUUCACCCACGGCAGAUUACACAACCUUCAGCUCCAACUACUCCCUGUUGUUCUACGUGUCACAGUGUAUAUUCUGGAAUGAUACUCUGAAUGACUGGGACACUACAGGCUGUAAGGUAGGAGAUGGCUCCAACAGCACCCACACCCAGUGCCUGUGUAACCACCUGACUUCCUUUGCCAGUGACCUGUUUGUACCGCCAAACCCCAUCGACUUCAGCUAUGUCUUUGCCAACGCGUCGUUCUUGGACAACAUCACAACAUAUGUGACCAUCAUCACCAUCUAUGUGAUAUUUGCGAUUGGUGCAAUCUGGGCUCGAAGAAUGGAUAAGAGGGAUAUAGAAAUGCUUGGCCUGACUCCACUACCAGACAACCAACCAGGAGACAGAUACCUGUAUGAGAUUUUUGUGUACACUGGGCUAUGGAAGGGGUGUGGCACAAAGUCUAAGGUUAGCAUUGUACUUAAUGGGGAGAGAGGCGAGUCAGGAGCACGGCAGCUGGAAGAUCCCAAGAGGAGGGUUCUACGAAGGGGUGGCAAGGACUCUUUUCUCUUGUCUACUGCAAGACCUCUUGGAAACUUGAUGUACAUGCGAGUGUGGCACGACAAUAGCGGUGGUGGAGGCCAUGCGUCCUGGUUCCUACGUCACAUCGUAGUGAGAGAUGUGCUGACUGGAGCCAAGUACAUGUUUAUCGGCAACUGUUGGCUGGCUGUGGAGAAGGGCGAUGGAAGGGUGAGCCGGCUGCUGCCUGUAGCUGGUAGAGAACAGGCCCUGUCCUUCCAGCACCUCUUCACCUCCAAGACCAGUAAGGACCUGGAGGAUGGGCACAUCUGGUUCUCAGUCUUCCUCAGGCCUCCUCGGAGCCGAUUCACACGUCUUCAGCGGCUAGCGACAUGCCUGUCCCUGCUGAUGUGUGCCAUGUUAGUGAGUGCCAUGUGGUACGGGAUCCUGCCUGAUCAGCCCUCCUCUAAUGCCAUCAGGAUUGGACCUUUGAUACUCAGCGCAGAGCAGAUUGGUGUUGGCUUGAUGUCCAACCUCAUCACCUUCCCCAUCAACCUCAUCAUCGUGCAGCUGUUCCGUAAGUCUCGCCCACGCAGGAAGAGACCAUCCAGGGUUCUGGUAGCGCUGGAGCAACAGGACACUGAGAAGACAACAUGUUCCUCUCAAGUUGUUUCUCAGAGUGUGCACAGCAUCCCUAAACCAUCCCAGUCUGACGGCCGCACCAAUAAAGAUAACAGCAAGAAGAAGAAGAAGAGGAAGUUCAGCUUCCCCUGGUGGGGUAUCAUAGUCGCCUGGAUACUUGUAUUCCUGGCGGUGGGCACCUCCACAACUUUCGUGAUCUUCUACGGGAUCCAGUUUGGUAACGAGACGGCGACCAAGUGGAUCACGUCCAUGGUCGUGUCCUUUACCUCGUCUGUCCUGGUGACUCAACCAAUCAAGGUUUUCCUCCUGGGACUGUUUGUCGCCAUGUUCCUAAAGUCCAGUGAUGAUGAUGAUGACGAUGAUGAUGAUGAGGAGCAGAUGGAGUUGGACCCAGACCUGGAGUCAGACGAGGAGUUUAUGCACCUGUCCCCAGAUCACAGUUCCAUGACAGACCAGGCUCCACCUGACGAAGAUGAACUUGAGGCUGCACGGGCACUCAGGAACAAGGAACUCAAGAUGUACAGCAUCAUAAGGGAGAUAUCGGUUUACCUGAUGUACAUCUUCAUCAUUGUGGUCAUCAGUUACUUCAGUCGGGAUGAACAUGCUUACUGGGUGCGCCAAACCUUACAGGAAACGUUUUUACAGGACUUUGAACAGAUUAAGACUGCAGAGAACUUCUGGGCAUGGGCUCAAGGCCCGCUACUCGACGGCCUGCGACCGGGUCCAUGGUACAACCAGCAGCCUGCAGACAACAUGGGCCCGCUGGUGGCUGACAAGAUCUCCAUGCUGGUGGGGUAUGCCAUCAUCAGGCAGCUCAGAGUUAAGGAAGGUGGCUGUGAGAGACCAGUGCCACUGCUGGGAGUAACAUGCACAUCUGAAUAUUCCUGGGAUAAUGAAGACCACGGGAACUACAAACCCAGAUGGGAGCAUUAUCCCUACAACCAAAGCAUUGCCAUUGAUGUUGGGAGGCUGGAAUAUUCCUACACACAGUCAGGAGAGAUAGAGUCAUAUCCAGUUGAAGGUAUCAUGGCCAUCUACACAGGAGGAGGAUAUGUUGUACAUCUAGAUGGGAACAAGGAGGAAUCGUUACAGAGGACGCAGCAGCUACAGCAAGAGGGAUGGUUGGAUAGAAAGACAAGGGCCGUUGCGGUGGAAUUUUCCGUCUACAAUGCACAGGUGAACCUGUUCACCUACACUCGUUUCCUACUGGAAGUCCUCCCCUCUGGAAACAUGAUACCCUCCUAUAACAUCAGCCCCGUGCGGCUCCUGAGCUACUACUCGAGCCUGGACACCUUGAAGCUUGUGUGCCAAGUCACAUACUUUGGAUUCCUUCUGUACUUUAUGUACAGGGAAUUGAGAGAGCUGUGCAGAGAUCGCACAAAGUACUUUGCAGACAUUUGGAACUGGAUGGAACUGUUUGUGAUCGCCGUCUCCAUUGCUGCGAUUGUGGCAUAUUUCUACAAGUUGGUCGUCACCAACAGUCUUCUGGAUGACCUUGCCAGGACCAAUGGGAGAGACAAGACCUACGUCAACCUGCAGUAUGUGAGUGGUUGGAACCAGCUGUACGAGUAUCUGGUUUCGUGUCUGGUUUAUGCGACCACCCUGAAGCUGUUCCGUCUACUGCGCUUCAACCGCAGGAUGUCCCUGCUGUCUGCAACCAUCCGACACUCCUCAAAAGAGUUGACUGGUUUUGCUACCAUCAUUGGUGUACUGUUUAUGUCAUUCUCCAUGUUGGGGUACUUGGUCCUCGGGAUUCACCUCAAGGACUUCUCCAGCUUUGUCGACACUUUGGAAACCUUGGUUGGCACGACGAUGGGUUACUUCGAGGUGGAUGAGAUCAUCGCGGCAAAGCCCUUCAUGGGAACUAUCCUGUUUGUGAGCUUCUCCUUAUCCAUGGCUUUUGUCAUCCUCAAUGUGUUUGUUGGAAUACUGACGACUUCCUUUGAGGAAGUUAGGAAAGAGAAUGACAAGCAGGCUAAUGAUUAUGAAAUAGUGGAUUUCAUGCUGGGGCGUUUCAAAAAGGUAUUUGGAUUAGCAGAACCUUCUUCACCGGCUCUGCCAGCAGCUCAAGAUGCAGGACUGAACAAAAAAGCCAGGGGGCCUCAAGCAAACAAGGGAACCUAUGUGUCUGCAAAACAAAUUGAGGUGACCUUCCCUGAGCGCAUCGACAAGUUUGUGUCGUCAGUGUACCGUUUGUACAUCACUCCACAGGCUCAACAGGAGAACGCCAUCGAUGAUCUGGAGUAUCACACCGCAAGAUACUUCUCAGGCAAAGACAUUCUACCAGAUGAUUUUGGGACUGACACCUAUGGGCUGUUCCAUGGCUUUUUGGAGGGGGAGUCAGCAUCCUUGUCUGGGCCAGCUGAAUACAGACCAGGUACAGAAACACCCCUUUCCCCAACCAGCUUUCUGGAAGUGUCCAUGAACUACAACAAUUUGUUGUCUGAGUCAGUUGAAAGUCUGGGGGAUUUGCCAGGACAGGUGGCAACCAGUGAGAAGUUGAGGGAGGGUGUACCAGGCGCAGGGUCACACACACAACCUGGACCUUCCUCAGCCAGGCAGAGAAAUGAACGUCGGAUUGACAGCCGGUUGGCUAUGGUUCUAGAGAAUGAACUGGAAUUAAUUUAGUUGUCAUAAUAAUAUACAAGAACAUGCACUUGUUUGUGAUAACAUUGCACUGAAAAAUGUUUUAAAGUACAAUGAACUGAAGAUGUGUUCAAACUUGUAUAUACU